UUAAUCCAACAACCAACAACUUCGUUUUCACGAAAACCCACCCCCAAUAACUCUAUUCAAGAUGCGUUACGCUGCUGUCGCCCUCGCCGUCGCUGGUGCCGUCAUGGCCACCGCUGACGAGCCCGCCUCCACCGUCUUCUCCACCAAGUACUUCACCAUCACCUCCUGCGCUCCCGAGGUCACCAACUGCCCUGCCCGCAGCACCGUCGUCUCCUCCAGCGUCGUGGCCGUCCCCACCACCCCUGCCGUCUCUGUCACCGAGUCCGGCGUCAAGCCCACCGCCACCGCUCCCGUCGUCGUCGUUCCUCCCCCCUCCGGCGGCAACAGCACCGCUCCCCCCUCCGUCCCCGCGGUCCCCAAGCCCACCACCGAGAGCGGUGCUAAGCCCGUCCCCGUCACCACCGGCGGCGUUGCUCCCUCCGUCUCUGCCCCCGCCACCCUGGCCACCAGCGCUGCUGCCUCCGUCUGCGGUGGAAGCUCCGUCAAGACCAUCUCUACCAGCGUCACCACCGUCAUCCCCACCGUCAUCUACGAGACCGUCCAGAUCCCUUGCCCUACCCCCAGCAAGCCCUCUGCGACUAUCCCUGGUGUCCCUACCGGUGGCAACGGAACUGCUGUUCCCCCCACCAAGACCCCCGUUACCGCCGGUGCCGCUGGUCUGACCGGCUCCGCCAUCCUGGCCGCCGUCGCCGGUGUUGCCGCCUUUGCCUUCGCAUAAAUUCCUUCUUCUGGACAUCUCUUCUGAGGAAAAGCCAACCAAGGCUACGGCAGUUUACGAUCAAAUCUAACGGGUGUUCUUUUUUGCUGGGGAGUCUUAAGAGGAAAUGUAAAAAGAGCCCUUUCUUCUCUUUGUACAUUGUAUCUUAACGGAAUGCAAAAAAAUACCAUUUGUACCUAAUCUUCUAAUUGUAUUUGGGGGACGUCUGGGAUGAGCAAAGUUGAAGUCGCCUUGCGAUUGAGACAUCGAGCGCGAGGGACUUUAGCUUGGUUCACUCCCGACGACCUGGCUUUAACGACGAAGUGUUUGGGGAAAACCUAUCUUUACCAAAAGUGAUGAUUCGCAAUGUGACAUU